GCGGAGCGCAUCUGUAGCUCUGCGGAGGAUUUGUUAGUUGACUCUGAUUGUUUGGGAGGAUUGUUUGAGUUGCAUGUGACUGACCAGAAAUUAUCAAUUUUGAGCUAGCUUCCAGAAGAUCGAACAAGAUGUCUGGAAAAGUAGCAAGAUUUGAGUACAAUGAGGACAUGGUUGCCCGUGAUGCAUUGCUCAAUGCCACACAUGCACGCAAUCAUCUUGAAUUCUGUUGUGGUCUUAAUAUAGAUACAGUGCCUCCUGUUGUUAGGGGAACAGGCAUCAUUUGCACCAUUGGUCCAGCAUGCCAAGAUGUUGAUAAGCUCAAAGAGAUGAUCUAUAGUGGGAUGAACAUUGCAAGGAUGAAUUUUUCACAUGGAACACAUGAGUAUCAUAAGAAGACAAUUGACAAUGUCAGGGAGGCAGCAAAAGUUGAGCAUCCCCAUCCUGUAGCAAUUGCUCUGGACACCAAGGGGCCUGAAAUCAGAACCGGCAUUAUGAAGGCUGGAACUGACAGUGAAACAACUUACAAGAAAGGCGCAGCACUGAGAGUGACAACUGACCUCAGCCUGAGGGAGCAAUGCGACGAGAACUUACUGUAUGUUGAUUACAAAGGUUUGGCAAAGUCUGUCAAGAAAGGGAGUAAGAUUUUCAUAGCCGAUGGCCUAUUGUCACUUGAAGUAACGGAUGUAUUAGAUGAUCACGUGAUGACUAAAAUUCUUAAUGAUGCAGCGAUUAGUUCAAGGAAAAACUGUAACUUGCCGGGGGCUAUUAUUGAUCUGCCGGCUGUUUCAGAGAAGGACGUCCAGGAUUUGCAGUUUGGUGUUGAAAAUGAGGUCGAUAUGAUCUUCGCUUCCUUCAUUCGCAAAGCCCAAGAUAUCAGAGAUGUGCGAAAAGUCCUUGGUGAGAAGGGAAAAGACAUUAAAAUCAUUGCUAAGAUCGAAAACCACGAGGGAAUCAUCAAUAUCGAUGAGAUCCUCAUGGAAACUGAUGGCGUCAUGGUUGCUAGGGGUGAUAUGGGUAUGGAGAUUCCCCUUGAGAAGGUCUUCCUUGCUCAGAAGAUGAUAAUAGCAAGAUGCAAUAUGGCAGCCAAACCGGUUAUCUGUGCAACCCAGAUGUUAGAAUCGAUGACAGAGAACCCCCGUCCAACUAGAGCAGAAGCCUCAGAUGUAGCUAAUGCUGUACUGGAUGGCGUCGAUUGUGUCAUGUUAUCCGGGGAGACUGCAAAAGGAGCCUACCCAUCACAAGCAGUUUUGACUAUGCACAAGAUUUGCAGAGAAGCAGAGGCCGCAAUAUUCCACCGUGCUUUGUAUGAUAAUCUAAAGAAUGCCAAGACACUGACGGAUGCCACAGAAACAACCUGCAUUGCAUCAGUUAGUGCAUCGUUCAAGGUCAAUGCUGCUACCAUCAUCGCAUUUUCUACAAGCGGACGAACUGCUCGUAUUCUCUCGCAUUAUCGCCCGCGGUGCCCAAUUAUCCUCAUCACAAGGAAUAAAAGAGUCUGUAGACAGGCUCAUUUGUCACGUGGCCUUUUCCCGCUCUACUAUGACGAGCCUCGACAGAACAACUGGUCAGAUGACGUCAACGCUCGUUUGGUGUAUGCUGUUACCAAGGGCAAAGACAUGGGUUUCAUAAGAAAUGGCUCAUUCAUUGUCUUCGUCGUUGGCUGGUCCCCAGGCUCCCAUACAACAAAUACAAUGCGCAUCCUACAGGUCUCGGAAAGUGGUGACGUAAUUGGACGUCGGAAUGAGGCUGAGAUUUUCUUCAGUUGAAAAUGUUGUUGUUGUGUUGAUUGGAGGUUGUGAAUGACUCUUGUUUUUUCUGUGUAGGUUCAUGAAUGAUUGCAAAGCAGGGUAGGGCCUAGACACAUCGUAAACAGCGUCACGUGGAAUCCUUAACCCAAAAGUUCGCUAUAGUUGUUCUAAUGUGUGAUUUCUCGCUAUACGCAGCUGCAACAACCAUAGGGCCGGAUUGGUACAAUGCUUGCCAAAAGCCUUUUUUACUAGAAUUGUUUGCCCAUUAUAAUCCAUGCGAUAUUUUAUGAAGUCCUUAAAUUCUCGUUUUCUUGUAUACCCUGUUCAUAAUAAUACCUAGGCCAGUUGACCUUCCACGACCGUAAAUGUCACAGGGAAUUUUUGGGCCUAGGGCCAGGACCUUAAAUGUCGCAUGCGAUUCUAGGGCCUAGUGCCAAGGCCUUAAAUAUCAAUAGAUUUCUAAGGCCUAGGUUCAAAUUUCGAUAGCCUAAGAGCGCAAGGAAUUUAAGUCUUCCUACCACUCGCCAGGCCACCAUAUAGUAUCAAAAUAGUUGCCUAAAAAAUGACAAGACUGUCAAUCAACUGUCUAUAAGCGACCAAUCAGAAACGUCUUUUCAGAAUUACGCUAAUCAGAGUCACUUGCAAAUUUUUUAUGAGUAUACAGGUGAUGAAACGUAAAACCUUACAAAAACAAAUUUAUCCUCAGUAAGACAAGUUAGGUGAGCUGAAAUUUGAGAAGCUGAAAGCGAAUAUUUAUAAGGAAUAAAGGAAGAAAAAAUUUACGUUCACAGAACCUAACGCACCCUACCCUGCUUUGCUGUUAUGUUUUUAAUUGCUAAAAGAGAUUUUGCUGUUUAUUAUUAAUCGUUUAAAAUAUUAUAUGAUUAGGUUACACUGACUGAAAUCGGUAUUGACCAUUUUUAUUGUGUUACUUGAUAUCGAAAAGAAGUAUACUGAAUUUUUGAAAUACCGAAGUGUGUAGCAAGUUAAAAUAUUUAUACUUUGAUUUGAGGUCAAA